CUGUCUGCUCUAAAAUUGGCGAGCACAGUUCAAAUGUUCAAGUCGCGUGAUAUCUUGACUGUGUGACUAGUCUCUUCAGCCAACGCUUUAGCUAACGUUAGUCAGUCGGUAACAGAAAAUGGAAGACGUUUUCUUACUGAAAGAGUCAGUUUUGUCUUUUCUAGACAGAAGUGGAGCUCUUCUUCAACUUGCCGAAGACUGCAAACCAUUCAACGACAUCCAGCGAAAUGAGGCUGUGUAUCGGUUCUGUAUCCGUGUGAACCCUUCAGACCUAAUCGAACUGGAUCCUAGAUUGGGUGACUGUGUUCUCAAUGACCCCCUCAAAGCUACAGCACUGUUUCAAUCUGUUUGUUUUCUGUCAAUAAAGACACUCUCCCUCAUAGAGAAAAUCCACACAGAAAGUCAGGUGAAUGUGAUCCUGAAGUUUACACACCUACCUCCGUUCCCUGAGUACACCUUGGACCUCUGUGAGUUUCCCUGUGGUUAUGGCCCCAUGAGGCCUGUUGCCAUGGAGGGCUUGGCCAUCGCAAUGACUAGGGUCUCCAAGUACACUCAGGGAGCCAGGUUUCUCUGUUCUGAGGAGGACUGUCCCUGCUCAACAGGGUUCCAUCACAUCAGAGUGCAUGCACCCGGAGCCACUGAGUCAGCCACAGUGAGGAGUGACUUCAGCUGCCUGCUCUGCUCCUCUCACCUCAAAGAGGACAUCAAGUUCCGGGUCCUGGGGGACAAGCAGCUUGUAGAGCUGAUCCAUGUUAAAGCACUGGAUGUCCUGAAAGUCCAUCCUCCCAGUGCCCUCAGGUACCAGUCUGUCACCCUGUUUCUCAGAGAUGAGCUGUGUAACUCCAUGAGGAUUGGACGUCUGUACAGGGUGCUGGGCAUACCGGCCCAUGUCCACCAGUGGCCCAACGUCACCUGGAGUGUGGAGGCCAAUAGCGUUCAACCGUGGGAGCCUGAAUACACUGGCACCAUCAGCUCUAACUUCCAGGCCCUGUUGACGGCAACAGCCUGUUCCCCCUGGAGGUUCUCUGCCAUUGUGGCUAACACGUUUGGCUCCCCUGUGGUUCCCCCGGGCUUGUACAGCACACUGAAGCUGGGCCUGCUGCUCAGCCUGGUCCAGGGCCGGGAGGACAACCCAGACUCACUGCACUGCCUGGACCUGCUAGCCCUGACUACUGACACACUCAUACUGGACAGGCUGAUGAUGUACAGCCUGGGUCUGGCUGGCCGUGGGGUGAGACACCCUGCGACAGGGGAGAUGUUUGCCUCUCUUUCUCGUGAUGAACACGGAGCGGGCACGGCUAACAUCCACGCUGGCUCCGCCCUGCUGGCCACUGGGGGCGUCUGCAUGCUCGGGGACCUGGGCCACCACAGGAAGGAUAAGAUGGACGCCCUUCAGUCAGCUCUGGAGAGUCGGACAGUGUCUGUGAUCAUCCCAGGGAAGAAGUAUGGAGAGGAUGCUGACCAGCAGAUCUCCUUCCCUGUCCAGUGCAGCUUCUGGGCCUUGGCAGACUCCACAGCUCCCUCAAACAAGACCACCAGGACUGACAGUACAGUGCUGGGAACAGUGGACAUGGGCCCGGUCCCUGCCCAGUUGGCUGAGGCCUUUGGUCUGGUGAUCCUGUGUCGGGAGGCAGGGGGAAAGCAGGCUCUGCUAGCCCAGACGGUGCACACCCUCAGGCAGGCAGUGCAGCCCGGAGAGCCCCUCUACCCAUCCUGCAUGCAGUUCACCACACAGGACUAUCAGGAGCUUCUGGCCCACACCCAGAGGAUCCAGACAGAGCUGAGCCCUGGGGCAGAGAUGAUGAUACAUGGCUAUUACAUGGCCAGCAGAAGGGUCCGCUCAGACUCGGGCCAUGGUGCAAAGGUGUCUGUGGCCUCCAUUAAGCUACUGAUCUCCCUGGCCGAGGCCCACAGUAAGCUGUGUCUGAGAAGCACAGUGCUGGAGGAGGAUGCAGUGAUCGCUGUGUUGCUGUGUGAAAACUCCAUCACUCUCAGACAUGGAGCCUCAGCGCUCGUUAUCCCACCCGACGCAGCAUUUCCCUGUGACCUGUGUGACCUGGAAGCUCUCCACAGGAGAGACCUUAUCCUGGAGCAGCUCCAACAGAGCAUCCUGCACUUUGUCUACGCCUACGCACCCGGGGCCGCCAGCUACAUCACCGAGGAGGAAUAGGACCACAGCUAAGUAAAAGGAUGCUUCUAUUUUUACAUAUCCAAUUGAAUUCCAAUGGUGAAAUGAGCUACUCAGAAGAAUAUAAAACGUAACGUGUUGAUCCCAGAAAUGUUCCAUACACACAAAAAGCUUCACAUUGAGCAGUUCUCCUCUGCCAAGAUAAUCCUGACAGGUGUAGCAUGAUUACAGGUGCACCUUGUGCUGGGACAAUUUUAAAUAAUGCAGCUGUCACAACAUAAUGCCACAUAUCUCAGGUUGAGGGAGAGUGGAAUUGGCAUGCUUUGCUGACUGCAGGAAUGUCCACCAGAGUAUUGAAUGAGAAUUUGGCAGUUCAUCCGACCGGCCUCACCUGCGAUAAGCCACCCAGACAGCUGAUAAAACUAAUUCUGAUGGUGGGCCUAUUCCCUCCCAGGCCAACCCAUGGCCACGCACCUGCAGUCAAGUGAAAUCCAUGAAUUGGAACAGUCAUUUUUCAGUAUAGUUCAUGAAAUGUAAUUUCAGUUAUUCAAUGUAGGCAGAAAAAAAAAUGCGAUUAAUGUACCAUAAAAUAUUUUAUUUCAUAACAGGACAGAAUAAAAUCUGAUUAAAAACAAACAUUUAACUUUAAAUUUAAGCAGGGGAGUCAGACCAAGGGUGUGCUUUUUUGACAGGCAAGAAAGUUGCAAAUAGGGUGAUAGUUUAGGUCUCCAGGGUCACAUUUGUGAAGAGUACCUGCACCGCUUUCCAAACCUUGUGAAUUGUCAAUGAAUAGAAGAAUUCGGUUAAAUAAAUUACCAUUGUCUGAGAUUAGCCAGCAACCUAAAACUACUUUCUACCAUUGAGGGGUAAAUUAGCAGAAAUGUCAGAAAAGGCAUCACAAUUCCAUUAAAAAUGAAUGUUCAUGGGUAGAAAAAUUUUAGUUGACACCUCACAACCCAGGAAAUAACUCCCCUACUGCAGGUCUAACAACCCUGCAUGAUGAAAUAAGUAGUCUCAAACCUUAGUCAGGGAUUGCAGGUUUAAUGAUUGAAGGUAGACCCUGCAAAAUGCUGCUGCCACGAGGUGCACCGCAGAUAUUGAGCUAAGCGAGAUGCUCACGCUUCAACACUCUUAGUUGUGGAAAUUGACCCACUAUCCCCUUUACUCUCUGCAUCUAUACCAUAUCGCUGCAUUGCGUCUACCUAUAAUUAUCAAUGUUAAUACUGGCAGUUCAGUAUGUCACAGCAUCCCAAUUUAGUCAGACCAGGAAAAGAGCAAAAGUGAGAAGUCAUCACAACUCCAGUAGAAGACUGAAGGAAAACAAUUGGCUAUUUUUAGCCCUCACACUCACCAUAGGGUUGAGAUUUAAGUCUUCAUAUUCCACAUACUGGAUCAUCAAACGCAAUCUAGGAGAGAAGAACAGUCUAUUAGCAUGACUAUCAUUUGAUUGUAGUUAGGCAAAAUAUGCAAGCAAUUAUACUGUAGUUCAGGAAGUCACAUUCUCAGCAUCCCAAUUUAGUCUGAUGGGUAAACGGC